AUAAGAAUUAUAUCAAUAUGGUGUUACUACUUCCACCUCGAAGACUUUGUUUGAAUCUGAUUUCUAAAUGAACCCAACAUCCUUGCAAGAAAACAUCUUCCUUCUCGACAACAUGUGGCUUUGUUAUCAAACUGAUGUCAUUCUCAUGCUAUGUAAUAUAUAGAUGUAUUGAUCUAUCAACGACUCAUUCAGAUAGUUCUGAUCUAUCCAUUUGUAUAUUUUAUAUCGUCAUGAUUUCGAGCAGGGACAUUAUUAUUAAAAAUAACGACAGCUUAUAUCGGAAUAAACAAAAUAAUCUAAACAAUCACGAGUACCUACCUACUCACUGGAACGAUAACAAUCAACAUACUCGUAUUGUCUCUCUUGCCAUAUAUAUAUAAAUAUGAAGUAAACAAAUUGUUAGAAUUACUGUGAAGUGAUUUGUUUCAUGGAUGUCAUGUGGUGCCAUAUAGUAUCUCUGUUGGUUAUAGGGAUUUUAGCAGUAGAUUCUAAUAAUGUCCAAAAAUCUACCACAGUUUCCUUGAAAUCAUCAGAUGAUUCUCUGGAUUGGUGGCAAACUGCAGUAUUUUACCAAAUAUAUCCAAGAUCUUUCAUGGAUAGUGAUAAUGAUGGUGUUGGAGAUUUGAAAGGAAUUGAGAGCAAAUUGGAUCAUCUAAAAGACGCAGGGGUGACAGCAACAUGGCUAUCUCCAAUUUUCAAAUCUCCGCAAGUCGAUCAAGGAUAUGAUAUCAGUGACUAUCGCAUGGUAGAUCCAAUCUUUGGCUCAAACGAUGACCUGACAAGUCUGAUUAAGAAAGCACAUGAUUUAGGAAUCAAAGUUAUUCUUGAUUUUGUGCCCAACCAUACUAGUGACAAACACGAAUGGUUCGUGAAAUCUAAUAACAUGACUCCAGGAUAUGAAGAUUAUUAUAUUUGGCAUCCAAAGAGUAACAACACAUCAUCAAAUCCGCCUCCUGUUCCAAACAAUUGGAUAUCAAAUUUCAAGGGCUCUGCGUGGGAAUGGAGUGAAAAACGCCAGCAGUAUUACUAUCACAACUUUGCAAUACAACAACCCGAUCUUAACUACAGUAAUCCAAAGGUUGUGAAGGAAAUGAAGGAUACACUAACUUAUUGGCUAGACCAAGGUGUGGAUGGAUUUAGAAUCGAUGCAGUACCAUAUCUAUUCGAAGAUCCUCAGUUUAGAGACCAGCCACUUGCUGAUGGUUAUACAGAAUAUGAUAUCAACAAUGCCGACUCUUUGAAUCAGAUGUACAUAAAGGAUCUACCAAAAACGUUCGAUAUGAUUUAUCAAUUCAGAGAACAUGUUGACGAGUAUGUUAAGAAGAAUAAUAAGAAUGAGACCAAGGUACUUAUGACCGAGGCUUAUAGUCCUAUAGAAAAACAAAUGCUCUAUUACGGAUCGAAAGAUGGGAGCCGGAAAGGAGCACAUUUUACUUUCAAUUUCAACUUAAUAUCUGAUAUCACGAAUCCAAAUUUCACCAUUGAUGAGCUGUAUGAUGCUAUCAAUAAAUGGUUGGUAUAUAUCCCAUCAGGAUAUACCAGUAAUUGGGUGAUUGGAAAUCAUGAUAACCACCGAGCAGCAACUCGCUAUGGAAAGGAUAAUGUAGAUGGCUUCAAUAUGCUCAUAGCGAUACUUCCUGGAGUAAUGGUUACCUACAACGGAGAAGAAAUAGGAAUGGAGGAUGGAGAAGUCACCUGUGAAGAAGGAUUCGAUCCUCAAGCCACCAAGAACUGUUCUUCAUUCAACCAAACGAGUAGAGACUUCGAAAGGACUCCUUAUCAUUGGGAUGAUUCAGUAAACGCUGGUUUCAAUACUGGCCAUAAAACUUGGUUGCCUGUUUCCGAGAAGUCAAAAGAGGUCAACUUGAAAGCGCAAAAUAUCGAGGGCAUUUAUAGUCACUACAAUAUCUAUAAAGAGCUGAUGAACUUGAGGAACAACUUCAAAAACUCUUCGACAAUUGAUUCUCUAGCGGUGAUCAAAGUGAAUGAGAAUGUCCUACAAAUUGUGAGGAGUAGAGAUGAUGCAGAGUACAUUCUCUUGUUCAAUAUCGGGGAUAAAGACGAAACUAUUGAUUUUCUACAAGCCAAGAUGUACCAUAAAGUAGUUGUGAGCAGUCUGAAGAGCUCUUAUGAAAUUGGGUAA